GACGCCCGCGCGACGCGUCAGCGACCGCACGGCACGCCCGCGACGCUCGCGCGUCGACGAUCGAACCGCCUCGGAGGCGCUCGAUCGCCUGGAGAACGAACGCCGCGAAGACUGGACGACGCCGUCGAUCGCGGAGGCUGCGUCGGACGGACUGGAUUAUUUCCCUCAACAACCGGGACGCGCGACGCGACGCGACUCGCGCGCGUCGUCUGAAAAAGAGCGACGGCGGCGAUGGCGGCGACGGCGGCGUCCGUCGCGGUCGGCGCGCGCCGAACGACCGCUCCGACGGCGGCGAGGCGCGCCGCGUCGAGCGGCCGAGGCGGCGCGCGCGCGACGCCACGGACCGCCGCCCGCGGCCGACCGGUGAGAGGAGAAGCGAUCGACCGCGAUCGCGCCGGGGCCUCCUCCUCCUCCUCCUCCUCCUCCUCCUCCUCCUCGAGGACGACGACCGCGGCGGACACGGACGAGGAGUACGACGUCGUCGUCAUCGGCAGCGGCAUCGGCGGCCUCUCCGCGGCGUCGCUCCUCGCCAAGUACGGCUACUCCGUGAAGCUGUUCGAGUCGCACUACCUCGCCGGCGGGUGCUGCCACAUGUUCGACCACCGCGACAAGAACGGAGGGCUGUGGCAGUUCGAAGUCGGGCCGUCGAUCUGGGAGGGGCUCGACCGCCCGACUGGGAACCCGCUGCGGAUGGUCUUCGACGCGCUCGGGGAGACGAUGCCCGUGGAAACGUACGACGGGAUAUCCAUGUGGACGGAGGAGGGGCACUGGCGGUUUCAAGUCGGCGACGACGACGCCCCGGGCGGCUUCUGCGACCUCCUCCGCGAGAAAGCCACGGACCCGGAGCUCGCGAUCGCGGAGUGGAAGGCGCUGAAGGGGCGACUGGAGCCGCUGUACGACGCCCUGGACGCGUGCCCGCUGACGGCGCUGCGACAGGACGCCGGCUUGCUCGUCAGCACCGUGAUCGCGAUUCCGUUUUACCUGACCCACCCGCAGGUGAUGUUGGACAUUCCGUACAUCCUGGAUUCGUUCCACAAGCUGUCGCGGCAGUACGUCACGGAGCCGUUCUUGACGCGGUGGAUCGACAUGCUCGCGUUCUUCUCCGGAUUCCCCGCGGAGGGGACGAUGGGCGCGACGAUGAUUUAUUCCAUCCCCGGGUUUCACCGACCCGGCGCGUCGCUGUGCGCGCCGGUGGGCGGCACGCAAGCGGUCGUGGAUAAGCUCGUCGGGUGCCUCGAAAAGUUCGGAGGCACCAUGGAGCUGAAGAAACACGUGGACGAGAUCAUCGUCGAGGACGGCGAAGCGACCGGGGUGCGGUUGAGGGACGGGCGGGUCGUCAGGGCGAAGCACGCGGUGGUGUCGAACGCGACGAUAUGGGACACCGUGCCGCUGCUGCCGAACCGCGACGAGCUCGAGGCGCAGGGGUUAGGCCCGGCCGCGGACUGGAAGGACGACAUGACGGAGAUUCCCGCGCUCGGGAGCAUCAUGCACAUGUUCUUGGGGAUCGACGCGACGGGUUUGCCGGAUUUAGAUCCGAGCCACUUGGCGGUGCUCGAUUGGUCGCGGCCGCUCGGGGAUCCGCAAAACGUCGUCACGAUCUUCAUCCCGACGGUGCUGGAUACGGACGUCGCCCCGGAGGGAAAGCAUAUCGUCCACGUCUACACCGCGGGCAGCGAGCCGUUCGACUUGUGGGAGGGGAAGGACCGAAACUCGAAAGAGUACAAAGACUACAAGCGCGAACGCGCGAAGAUUUUGUGGGACACGAUCGAGCGGAUCAUCCCGGAUAUCCGCCAGCGCGUCGAGGUCGAGAUCUACGCGUCGCCACUGACGCACCAGCGGUUCUUACGCCGCCACCGCGGAACGUACGGCCCCGCGCUCCCCGCGGGUGGACGGCUGUUCGGGGUGUUACCCCUCCCGGAGGUGCCCCAACCGGGGGUGUUAUCCCCGAUUCCGAAGCUCGUUCGAUGCGGCGACAGCGUCUUCCCCGGCGUCGGCGUCCCCGCCGUCGCCGCGUCCGGCGCGAUCGCCGCGGCGACGCUCGCGCCGCUCGAUAAGCACCUCGGCCUGAUGUGGGACGUGAGCCAGGAGCAGCGGAAGUUUUGGAAGGAGAACCCGAACUGGUUGGAUUCGUAUUACGGCGACGCGAAGCCGUUUCAUCCGGCGGGGGCGCACCCUCCGGGGGGCGCGGAGCACAUGCGGCCGCACGAGUAUUACAAAGCGCGCGAGGGCGCGACGAAGGACAGCGCGUUCAUCGGGAAAGGGGGGAUGACCGCGGUCAUGGAGGAGGAGCGAUAG